UCUUUCAAUUUUCUACCUAGCUAGGUUUUUUUUUAAAUGGCUUCUUGCUUCAAUAACCACAAUGAAGGGCCAGACCCAAACGCCAAACUAUCCACCACCUUUGUCCAAGCCGACCCAUCUAACUUCCGGUCUGUCGUCCAAAAACUCACUGGCAGUACCUUCCAACAACAAUUCACUUCAACUCACAAACUACCCAUCUCCAACCCUUCCGGCCGCCAAGCCAAGAAACCAGCCCUUUGUGAAGUCGGGCACCACCAUAUAUCAGUUCACAAGCUUCAUGAACGUAGGAAAGACGGUAGGAAGCUGGAGAUCACCCUAAAGAGCGUUGCAAGGGAUGAUGGUGAUGAGAUGGUUAUGUCAUCACCAGUUUCCACCUUGGAUGGAAGAGGGAGCCUCGGGACUCCGGUGGAGGAAGAAGAGAAAGCGAUUGCAGAGAAGGGAUAUUACUUGCACCCGAGUCGUCCUAUUAGUAUUAGAGGAUCUGAACCUCAACUCUUAGCUUUGUUUCCUCUUAACUCACCUAAAUAUGAUUGAUAUGAUCUAGCUUAAUUAGUAGCUUGUUCAUCACUUCA